UUGGUGACUGAUAAGGUCUAUUUUGAUAUCUCUAUCGGUGACAAACCAGACGGACGGAUCGUCAUUGGUCUUUUUGGGAAAACAGUACCCAAAACUGUAGAAAAUUUCAAGAAGCUCGCAGAAGGUUUUAAGGUGGCGAUUUUACGAACAGAGACGGAACUGGAGGUUAGACAUCCGUUAUGUAAGAGCAUCUAUGGCGACAGAUUCAACGACGAGAAUUUCAAACUUCGGCAUUACGGACCUGGCUGGCUCUCCAUGGCUAAUGCUGCGUUCAAAGGUCCUAACACGAAUGGUGCCCAGUUUUUUAUCACUUUGAUUAAGACAAAUUGGCUAGAUGGAAAGCACGUCGUCUUUGGAAAAGUUCUGGAAGGAAUGGAUGUCGUUAAGAGAAUUGGAUAUACCGAAACAGAUUCACAUGACAGGCCGAAGAAGGACGUUACCAUAACAGACUGUGGUUCACUGCCUGUAGAAAAGGAAUUUAAUGUUGCAUUAGACGACUGA